GCCUGGUCUGGUCCGGCAAUGACUGUGCAAGUCCCCAGCCCAAGUCAGCGCCGACAACCUCAUUCAGAACACCGGACUCCGACCUCAGCCCUACUCCCGCGUGCGUCCGUAGGCAAGUCCGACUCUAGCCCUGUCUCAAUCUUCAAGAGGGUGUGUGCGUGUGUACCGUGAAAUUGUCGCAUAAAUCUCACAUGAUGACGUCGUUCUCGGCCUCCGCUUCGGCGCCGGGCAAGGUCUUCUUGGCUGGUGGCUAUCUGGUCCUCGAUCGGGAGUAUACCGCGCUGGUCUUCGGCCUGGAUGCCAGAAUACAUGCCCACAUUGAGCCGCUGAAGACAACCAGUGGCGUGCAUCUCGAGGAGAUUGUUGUGCGCAGUCCGCAGUUUAGGGAGGCUCACUGGGAGUAUGGCUACAGAGCGACCGAGGAAGCCGGCGGCGUGAAGGUGACGCAGUUGAGAGUAUCAGCCCAGGACAAGAUCAAGAAGAACCCGUUCAUAGAGACAACACUCAGCUAUGUGCUCACCUACAUAGCCUCCGUCACUUCCCCCAACAUUCCUCCAUCAAUCAUCACCAUCUUGGCAGAUGACAGCUAUUACACCACCUCUAAUCCCUCGGGGUCGUCUUCCACCGGCUCCUCAAAGACUUUCAGCGACUUCGGCGUCAAGCUCUCAGAUGCCCACAAGACCGGCCUGGGCUCCUCGGCGGCACUGGUGACUUCUCUGACGGCAGCACUGCUGCUCCACUACUUGCCCAAAGGUAGCUUCUCCCUCGACAACGAGGCCUCGAAGAAAAGGCUGCACAAUCUCGCACAGACAGCGCACUGCGCAGCCCAGGGCAAGGUGGGAUCCGGCUUCGACAUCGCGACUGCAGUGUACGGCUCCUGCUUAUACAGGCGCUUCAGUCCUUCCCUGCUCGAUGGUUUGGGCAAUCCCGCUUCCGCGGGCUUCAGUGCACGGCUCAAGGCCCUCGUCGAGGAGAGCGGUCCGGAUUCGACAUGGGACGUCGAGGUCUUCAAACAGAAGGUGAAAAUCCCGAAGGGUCUGCGGCUGGUCAUGUGCGAUGUGGACUGCGGCAGCGAGACGCCCGGCAUGGUGAAGCAGGUUCUCGCAUGGCGAGCGCGGGAGCAUGAUGAGGCCGACAUGCUGUGGGGUGCUUUGCAGACGCGCAACGAAGCGCUUGCCGCCGAGCUGACUCGAAUUGCGGCCACAGGCGGGCAGGGUGCAGACUAUGCACCGCUGAAGAGCAUCAUCGCGGAGAUUCGGAACUACAUCAGGGAAAUGUCGCGGCUGUCCGGCGUGCCCAUCGAGCCGCCGCCUCAGACGAAGCUCAUCGACGCGUGCUCGCAGGUUGAGGGCGUGAUUGGCGGCGUGGUACCGGGUGCCGGCGGCUAUGAUGCGAUUGCGCUGUUGAUCGAGGAUAAGGAAGACGUGCUGCGGCGCCUCGAUGCAAUGCUCGAGACGUGGCAAGUGGAAGUCUACGCGGAACCCGGAAGCGGGCCUAGCAUUGGAAAAGUAACCAGACUUCCUGUGAGGGAGGAAAUGGAUGGCAUUAGGGUCGAGGAUGCAUCCAAGUACGGGAAGUGGAUUCAGUGAUGCCAUUGUACAUGAGCGUCUUUUGAAUCCAGGCACAUGGGGUGUUCUGCAAAUCAAGAUAGACAGGUAAAGGGAUGGAAAUUGUCGUGCUAGCGUCACAAAAUUCCACCUUCUUCAGCACUCCUGAAGAUAUCUUUGAAUGAACAGGGCGUGUCUUUUACACCUCAAA